CUCAUUUCUCAAACAAACAAACAAAAACCUUGUUUAAGUUCACUACCAAACUCACCCACGCCUUGAUAAAAACAAAACUCACCCACGCCUGGACAAAAACACCUAAAUCUUAUUUGACUAUCAAUAUAUAUUCUACCUAUUCGAUCAAACUCACCCCUUAAAAUGGAUAACAUGUUUAGACUCAUGGGCAGUGAAGACUUCUCCGACAGAAGACGGUGCAUUUGGGUUAACGGUCCGGUUAUCAUCGGAGCCGGCCCAUCGGGGCUAGCCACCGCAGCUUGCCUCCGCGACGAAGGUGUUCCCUUUGUAGUAUUGGAGAGGGCAGAGUGCAUAGCUUCACUCUGGCAGAAAAGAACUUACGACAGACUCAAACUUCAUUUACCCAAGAAAGUUUGUCAGUUACCCAAAAUGCCCUUCCCAGAAGACUACCCGGAAUAUCCAACAAAACGACAGUUCAUCGAUUACCUUGAGUCCUACGCUACACGGUUCAACAUUAAUCCGCAAUUCAACGAGUGUGUUCAAUCUGCUCGGUUCGACAAGACCAGUGGUCUCUGGCGCAUUAAGACGUCUUCUUCCUCCGCUACUUCUGGGUCGGAGAUGGAAUAUAUCUGCCGGUGGCUUGUGGUGGCGACGGGAGAAAACGCGGAGAGAGUUGUUCCGGAGAUUGAUGGGCUCACGACGGAGUUUAACGGCGAGGUGAUCCACUCUUGCGAGUAUAAAUCCGGAGAGAAAUACAGGGGAAAGAGAGUUCUUGUCGUCGGAUGUGGAAACUCUGGCAUGGAAGUUUCUCUUGAUCUCGCGAAUCACAAUGCCAAUCCCUCCAUGGUUGUGCGUAGCUCGGUUCAUGUUUUACCCCGAGAGAUUCUAGGCAAAUCGAGUUUUGAAAUCUCAAUGAUGCUUAUGAAGUGGCUACCUCUAUGGCUAGUAGACAAGCUUUUGUUAAUUCUUGCAUGGCUGAUUUUGGGAAACCUGACAAAGUAUGGGCUAAAGAGGCCCAAAAUGGGCCCGAUGGAGCUCAAGGUUGUCACAGGGAAGACUCCAGUGCUUGACAUCGGAGCAAUGGAGAAAAUCAGAUCCGGCCAGGUAGAUAUCGUCCCUGGAAUCAAAAGGUUCUCUCGUAAUCACGUGGAGCUCGUUGAUGGUCAGAUAUUAGAUCUCGACGCUGUUGUUCUCGCUACAGGUUACCGCAGCAACGUUCCUUCUUGGCUUCAGGAAAGUGAUAUGUUUUCCAAAAACGGGUUUCCAAAAUCGCCUUUUCCAAACGCAUGGAAAGGGAAAUCGGGACUUUACGCGGCUGGAUUCACGAGGAAAGGAUUGGCCGGAGCAUCAGCAGACGCUGUUAACAUCGCUAAAGACAUUGGAAACGUGUGGAGAGAAGAGACCAAACGUGUGCAGAAAAUAAGAACACGAGUUGGUCACCGCCGAUGCAUCUCAAUUGCUUAGGCAUCAAGUUAGGGUUCUUACCUUCCUUUACUAUUUUAUUCAAAAGGGGUUUGAAAAACAGAUGGUUCGUUUAUACUUCAUUUUUUGUAAAGAAAAAAUGUAUACAGAU